AAUUGUAUUAUAUGUGAUUCAUUGAGAUUGAGUCUUUUCUGAGGAAAAUAAGGCCAAUUUGAGUUCUCUCACUUGUAUUACCAUUGCUGGUUUGAGUUUUUUUUUUUUUAAACGAAAACUUUGGUUGUCUUUUUUGUGAAAGAAGAAGAUUGCAUUUUGAGUGUCACUUCAAUUUCAUGGGCUGUGCAGCAGAUUCAUCUAAUUUAUUUUGUUCAUUUUUAGAGUUUUAUGUAGAUCUCCCUGAACACUUAAUGUACAAGAACCGUUUGCAAGAGUACACUCAAAGAUCAGCCAUAGACCUCCCAGUAUAUAAUACAAUUAAGGUAGAAGGCCAGAAUCCGCCAAGGUUUAGGUCUACUGUUCUAGUAAAUGGAGCAUACUACACAUCUCCAUUCACAUUUUCAAAUCGAAAGGCUGCAGAACAAGAUGUUGCCAAGAUUGCAUUGGAUGGUACAGCACAAAAGAUAAAAGAUGAAGUUUGUCAUCUUAUUCGUGAGUGUUGCAGUAUUGAAGGGUCAAAUUGGGCUUGUCCAAUAGCGUUUAUUGAGGACACAGUCUUUUGCAAGUCUAUCCUCAAUGAAUAUGCAGUCAAGACGAAUCUAGAGAAACCCACUUAUAAUACGAUUCAGCCAGGGGGGUUGCUUCCAGUUUUUGUAUCUUCUUUGAUAUUCAAUGGUGUUAUGUAUACUGGUGAGGCAGGAAGAAAUAAGAAAGAGGCCGAGCAGUUGGCAGCACGGGCUGUUAUCUUAUCUGUUUUGGGUAAUUCUGACCCUGGAACUGUUAUCUUCGAGAUCAUCAAGUCUAAAUUCAGGCUUUAUGCUGCAUUGCAUAAAGUUAAGGACUUGCACAACACGCUCAAUGGCAUUACACCUGUGGCAGCAAACACCUUAAGCUCCCCACUAGGUAAGGGGAAAGAAGUCGAAGUUACUGGGGGUACUAGGGACGUGCCAAGCACUGCAAUUUCAGAGACUUGCUCGGGCCAACUCACUAAUAUUCAAGCAAUUCAACAGUCUUUCCAUGAAUUCAAGGAACUUAAAUCAGAACCAUCACAUGAGGCAAUUAAUCCUCCUAUUGUAUCUGUGCCUCCUGUCCUGGAACAGCCCCUGGAUCUUGGUUCAAGUUCUGCAAGAAAGCGAAGACGUAAGAACAAGAAGAAGGCUAAAAAGAAUGUCCAGCUUGAUGCUCAGCUCCCAGUUGCUAUGGUGCCUUUGAGUCAAGUUCCUCCUUGUUCAGUUGGCCAAUGAGUAGCACACAAGAAAACAAAAAUCCGUUUACAUGUUGCUGUGCUGCGUAGAAUCAAGCCCAUGUUCAAUAAUCCAACGAGAAGCACGUACCAUUUUUGUAUGUAUUUUGUAGGUGUAGCUCAAACCUCCCUCUUUCUUGUUGAGCAUUGAACUCUUUCCUAUAAUUCUCAUGACAUGUAGGACAAAUCAGACAUACUGUGUUGGUUAUGUUGCUGGUGAUCUCUUGUUGUUGUUAAGUGGCAGUAUGGUUGGACUCUUGUAAAUAUGGUAUUCCAUGUUUUUUUAUGAUAUAAGCUCCUGUUUUAUGAUU